AGAGAGAGAGAGAGAGAGAGCGCUCUAUCGUCACUCGGGCCUUCUAUUAUUUCCCCUUUUUUCUCUUCCUCCGAGGCCUCUUACCGAAAGCUCGGGCCUUCGUGCUCUUCGGCCGCCCUUUUUCCUGUUGACACUUCCAAGCCCAAAAUUUCGCCGGGUACUCUUAUCAACAUGUCCCAUCAUCAAUGCUGAUUCAGUGUUUGAUGCAUGAUGUCUUACCAUUCAUUUUGGAGUGAAGAUCAUAAAUGAUUCCUAUCGGAAGGAAGCUGCAACUGUGUAAGGCAUAAUUGCUUCCAUUGCAUCUCCAUGCCAUCACAUAAAAAUAGCUAAGACGGGUGCUCUGUGUUGUGUGGCCACUGGGCCACAUGGAUCAAAAUGCAAGACAGCCAGUAGAGACUGUUCCAUGGAUCCCAGUGAACCCCAUUGGCGAAUGAGUUCAAGCUUCUCCCCUCCUUUGUCAAGGAGAUGGGACUGUAGAUUUCAAUCAGAUGGAUUAUCUCAUAGGGUUCAUGAAGGUCCCAUAUAUGGGUCAUCGCUAUCAUCACACAGUAAGGGAAGUAGAAGUGGUGUCAGCAGUGACCGGUACCUAAAUCAUUACCAUUCAGUGUCUGAUGGGGCACUUUCUUAUUUAGGGAGCCCUGCUGAUAAUAUCCAGGCACCUCGAUGGACACCACCUGGUCAAAGAUAUGAUCUUGGCGAAUUUACACCUGUAGGAGGAACAAGGCCUGAGACUUCUGUAUGUUCUCAGUCUGAUGAGAGGUGUUAUACUGCUGGAAACAAUCAUGGCUUUGCAUCCUCACUUUCAGACUCUAGUCAAUGGGCAUCCACUAGCAAGCAGCCAAACUUCUUCCCACCUUGCAAUUUUUCGGGCAGACGCUCAUUCAUGUCGAAACCUGUUUAUCCGCUUGUUUCUCGGAAUCCUUUUUCAGAUACUGAAGCCUUUGGGAUGGCUCAAACCAGUAGUGGUGGCAGGAGGACACCUGGAGAUGAUGUCAGCACUGACCCUAUGUGGCCCGAGAACAUUUUGAGCCCAGACCUCACGUUUCUAAAAACCCUAACUGAACUCCAAAAGAUGGAGGCUUCUCCAGAACCAAACAUAAGCUCGAGGGAAGCAUACAGAUGGAGUAAUGCCAGCAGUUACGAUUUUGGAUAUGAUGGAGAUGUAAUCGACAUCACAGACCACAUCAGCUUAGAGAACCAAAGGUGUCUUCAUAAUUCAGCAAGAUAUCAGAAAUGUGGGUUAUGCGAGAGGUCGUUGUGGCAGAAGUCUCCAUGGAGCUCUAACCGGAUUGUCAGAAGCAGUGAUAUGCCGAUUGUUGGGGUACUCUCAUGCCGCCAUGUUUUUCAUGCAGAUUGCUUGGAAGAGACCACUCCGAAGAGCCGAAUCCAUGAGCCUCCAUGCCCUUUAUGUCUGAAAGCUUUUGGCGAUGAAGGAUCGACGCCAUUUUCAGAACCCCUGCAGGUGGCUCUAAGAUCCGUUCGCAGAAGCCAGGGAGUGAACAUUUCUUCCAACAGUUCAGGGAACUCAUCUCAGAAUGUAGGUGAUCUGAGGCGCAAUCAGUCUCUCCCAAUGCCACGGCAUGGAGGUUCCUUAACUAAGAGCCAUUUCAAGAAGCGGUUUUCCUUCAAGGGAAGGAUGGGGAAGGAUAUCUUUGGGACAAAAUUAUUUAGGAGGACUGGAUCGUCCUCAUCUUCAUUACUAAAUGAUAACCCCAACCAAGCCGGGCGCAUGAGACCUCGCCAAUCCUCAAGGUAGAUGGGAUUGUAGACAUGAUCAUAUAUCCAGUUGCAGGUCAGUCUUGUAUUUGAAUUUUGUCAGUCAGUGAUAGAGGGCCCAUGUACAGUCUCUACUCUAGAAUUUGAAAAUUUUAAGUUAUAAAUCUUUCAUAGACUUAAUAGAUAGCUACUGAGAGUUUGGUACUUCCCACCAGAUGUAUCAGUGCAUUAUAUCUCUGUUUGGUGUUGUAUGGGUCCUUCAUGACAUCUUGGUAUUUCAGUAAUCACAUGAAAAGUUUCAGGGA